AUAAUAAAUUUAUCGUAUAAUGAGAUUUGACCAAAUGCGUCAAUUGAAACUGUGCGUCUCCAGGACAAAAAAAUUGCUGGAACCUCAACCCAUCAUGGUGAUCGGCUGCCGGCGAUCACAGUUCUGCGGCUUGAACACCGGUAGUGUCGAUAACGGACGUCUAAUGAUUUAACACUUUUUAUGCGGGAAGCAUUGUAAUACUCCGUUUGCUCAUUCCAUUUGUCAAAGCUCUGCUACGCAAAAGAUGAACCCACUAAAACCCAUCAACUCUUUCAGGCUUACCUCUCUCCUUCGUCUCCAGAAGGACCCAAAACUUGCUCUCCAUCUCUUUCAGAAUCCAAACCCUCAAAUACCCCAGAAACGCUUUCGCUAUUCUCUCCUUGCAUACGAUCUCAUCAUUACCAAACUUGGGCGUGCCAAAAUGCUUGAUGAAAUGGAGAAAAUCCUAAUUCAGCUCAAAGGUGAAACAAGUUUUGUCCCCAAAGAAGCUCUCUUUUGCAAUAUAAUCACUUAUUAUGGUCGUGCACGCCUCCCUAAUAAUGCGCUACAGACGUUUGACAAAAUGCCUUCUUUUCGCUGUCAAAGGACUAUAAAAUCCUUUAAUUCGUUGCUGAACGUGUUCAUAAUGUGCAAAGAGUUUGGUAGAAUGAGAGAGCUCUUUGCAGAUAUUGAGAGAAAUUUAAAACCAGAUGCUUGCACGUACAAUAUACUGAUUCGUGGGUUGUGUGCAGACAGGAGACUUGAUGAUGCGUGGAAGGUGUUCGAUGAAAUGAGAAAGAGAGACCUUUUUCCUAAUGUGGUGACAUUUGGGAUUUUGAUUUACGGGCUUUGUUUGGAUUUGAAGUUGAAAGAGGCUUUAGAUUUAAAGAAUCAUAUGGCUAGGGUCCAUGGGGUGUGUCCUAAUACUCAUGUUUAUGCAUCGUUGUUGAAGGGGUUUUGUGGGGCUGGUGAGUUAAGUUCAGCUUUUGGGCUUAAGGAAGAGAUGGUUAGGAAUGGAGUCGAAUUGGACUCAGCAAUUUAUUCUACUUUGAUUAGCGGGCUCUUUAAAAGUGGAAGGAAAGAGGAGGUUCCUGGAAUUUUGGAGGAAAUGAAUCUAAGUGGCUGUAAGCCCGAUACUGUAACUUACAAUGUGAUGAUUAAUGGGUUUUGUAAGGAUAAGGAUUUCAAAGCAGCUCACAAAAUUUUGGUUGAAAUGACGGAGAAGGGAUGUAAACCAGAUGUUAUUAGUUAUAAUAUGAUACUUGGUGAGUUAUGUAAGGAUGGGAACUGGAGCGAGGCAAAAGAUUUAUUUGAAGACAUGCCAAGGCGUGGCUGCGCUCCUGAUAUAGUGUCAUAUAGGAUUCUUUUUGAUGGGCUUUGUGAUGGGAUGCAGUUCAAUGAAGCGGCAUUUAUUUUGGAUGAGAUGAUUUUCAAAGGUUUUACACCUCGUUCUUCUAGUAUAUGUAAAUUUGUUAAUAGUUUGUGCCAGGAGGGGAAUGAGGGUUUAUUAUGGUCAGUUUUGAAUAGCCUCAUUAAGGCAAAUGUAAUUGAUACAGAUUUGUGGAAUAUGGCUAUUGCUAUGGUAUUCAAGGACAAUAAGCUCUCCAGUCACUCCAAGGUUAUUGACACUUUGAUGACUUCAUGAAUCAAGGUUUUUAUCUUUGACUGGCAGUACAUAGGUUCAUGUGUCAAAUAAUAUGCGUUUUUGAAUUGCCUUGCUGUC